GGGGAGGCGCGGAGGGCCGGGGGCACUUCCCCCGCCUCGGGAGGCGGUGGCGGCUCCGGCGGGGAAACGUUGCGGAGGGCUUUCCGGAAGGGUGAAUUGGAAUAAAUCUGAAUUUUUUUAAAGGGGGGGGGUUGAUUCGCCUCCCCCCACUCCUCCGUGAAGAAUUGGCGCCUGGAGGAGGCGGCCGUGGCAGCACUACCGGAGGGGCCCCUGUGCGCGGUGCUUCCCACUUCACCCCCCCCCCCCCCCCCCCCGCCUUCACUCCUGGAGGAGUUAGGGUUUUUGUUUGUUCGCUUGGAUUUUUUUUUCUUUUUUUAAAUACAAAUCCGCAUAUUGAUUUUUAAACAAACAAACACCACCCCCCCUUCCCCGCAAACAAGCCUGCCUCUGGGAGGGAAAUAGCCAGGUGGAAUCUCACUCUGUUUCCAUGGACAACCCGUCCAUUAUCACCCAGGUGACUAACCCCAAAGAGGAAGAGAUCCUGUCCUGCACUCAGGAUAAAGUGUCCCAAUGUAAUAUCAGCUUGAAGAAGCAGAGGAGUCGAAGUAUCUUUAGCACCUUAUUCUGCUGCUUUCGUGACUACAAUGUCGAACCACCAUCUACCAAUAGCACUAGUGCUCUUCCUCCUUUGGUGGAGGAGAAUGGAGGACUUCAGAAGGGUGACCAGAUGCAGGUCAUGCCUAUACCAAGUGGAAUAUACUAUUUCCACGGGACUGAAGCAGUGCAGCAGUCGUUUCACUACAAGCCACCAGCUAAAUACCUCCUGCCAGAACUGACAGCAUCAGAUUAUGGGAAGAAGUGUGUGGUCAUUGAUUUAGAUGAAACUUUAGUGCACAGUUCAUUUAAGCCAAUUAGCAACGCUGAUUUCAUCGUUCCUGUAGAAAUUGAUGGAACCAUACAUCAGGUUUAUGUAUUGAAACGACCACAUGUGGAUGAGUUUCUUCAGAGGAUGGGAGAGCUUUUUGAAUGUGUACUCUUCACAGCCAGUCUAGCCAAGUAUGCAGACCCAGUAGCUGACUUACUGGAUCGCUGGGGUGUGUUCAGGGCAAGGCUUUUUAGAGAAUCCUGUGUUUUCCACCGAGGAAAUUAUGUGAAGGAUCUGAGUCGACUGGGACGUGAGCUGAGUAAAGUUAUUAUAGUAGAUAAUUCUCCUGCUUCUUACAUCUUCCAUCCUGAAAAUGCAGUGCCUGUGCAGUCCUGGUUUGAUGACAUGACAGACACAGAGCUGCUAGAUCUUAUUCCUUUCUUUGAAGGACUAAGCAAAGAGGAAGAAGUUUACAGUAUGCUUCAUAAACUCUGCAACAGGUAGCCCUUAACUUUGACUGACUUCUGCUACUAGAUUGCAGUUGCUAGAGGCUGUCUCCAUCUUCUGCAGCUCUUUCAAAUGUAAGCUCUGGGGAGGUCACCCCUGUCAGAAGUGCUACUUUUGAUCUUCCUGUUACAUUGGACACGAAGGACAAUCAUGAGUGAUGCUAUUAAGCCUUCGGAAGCCUGACUCCUAAGGUCAUGUGUUCAGACUACUUUUUUUAAAGGAAAAAAAAAAAGCUAUUUUAAAUUGAACUAUUUUAAUGAAUUUCAUAAAUGGACAUCUUUUACUGGAUCAGCUUUUCUUAAAACAUGCCAAAAAAAGAAGCUUGUAUUUCAGCAGUUGAAUUUCUCUCCCUUUCUUCCCCUCCCACUAUGCAGACAAUUUUACCCCCCUGCUUAGAGCAGUUGACCUGACUCUGAAUUUUUUCUUACAGAAUGAAGUGCCUUUUUGAAUGUUAUUUUAAGAUUAAAAAAAAAAUCAUUUUUGUAUAAGACGUAUUUCCAGACAUCUUUAGUCUUGUAUUGUCUAAAUGCUUUAAAAGGAAAAAGGAAAAAUUUUAUAGAGCACUGUAAUAUAUAACAAAGGAAAAACAAAGAUGCUGGGUUCCUGUUUCCACGAUGACAAGAAGUUGUAUUUGUCAUGCUCUGAAGGUUUAAGCAUUUGUGGGAGGGUUGAUUCGGGUUAAUUACACGGUUGUUUCACUGAGAACGGUUUUUGGGCACAGUUUUGAACAUAUCUGCAGUUGUUUGAGUAUUGGGGAGUGACGGAAUUGAUAAAACAAAGUGGCUAACAGAUCUAAAGCACCUUUCAUUCUAGAUGAAGUUCUGUUUGUUUCUGCUUACGCACAACUGCCAUGCCUCUCUUUUUUUGGAAAACCAUUAUCUUGGGAGAACAAGGAGGAGAUCUAUUUAUUAGUUUAAGAUUCUUUUCUUUAAAAAACAAAAAAGCAAACAACAACAGAAAAAAAAACCCAUCUGGGCAAGCUGGAUCUGUAUUGAGCUGUUUGGGGUACUUUUUUUUCUUUUAAUUGCUGCUACUGUGUACUCACCAAAUGGAGUAGACCAUCGGCUGUUAAUACUGUUUUUGCCACUGUGCCUGUGCUAUGAGACAUUUUCUGUAAGCUGCAAACUUGGGCAAUAAAUAAAAUACAGGCUUCAUAACCCACCCCAAUGUAGUAAUCCCACAGUAUCUGAUAUACCAGAGCACUCAGCUAAAGGUGACCUGUAAAGGAUCUUUUUUUCAAUUUUCAAUUGGGAUAAUGCCCUCUCUUUAGUAUAUAAGAACGCUAAAAGUACUUUUUUCCCCACCCACCCCCUCAAUCUGUGGUUUGUAUUUCCUCCCUAAAGUGUAAGGUGCAGAUUGGGAGCUUCAUGGAGUCUUGAUAGAAGGGCAGAAGUUACUAGCCUGGACUAAAACUGGCCCUCUGGCUUUGCAGUUGAGUAUGUCUCAUCUCUGAGCCCGAGAACCACUUUAUCAUCUUCUGUAGUGUCACAGGUACCAUUUCAAAAGAAUAACUUAAAUAUAUUAAGCCUUUGAAGAAGAAGGCACGCUUUCCUCACUUUCCAGUGCCACCUUUUCAUUAUCAUCUGCACCAGAAAUCUACAAACACAGAAACUACGGCCGUGUUUGGCUGCCGUCGGCAAAGACACAGUGGAGUGCUGGGUGCUUCUAAUUAGCUAAAUUUUGACUAGCAGAUCCCCAUUGCCUCUCCUGUUGUUCUCUGAAAGUCUUGACAACUUGGAAGCAAGGAAAAAAUUGGUAUUAAAGCACUGGUGAAGCAGCUUAACAAAUUCUUUCAUAGAAGGGCAGGCCAGCCUCCCAGGCAGAGAGUAGAUUUCGUGUAGGUGCAGUCUAAGGCUGAGAGGUGACUUGGGCCCUUGCAGUGCAGCUGUGCUCCAGCCGCUCGCCAUGUCUUGUUCCGAGGGCUGGCAGGGACAGUCCCUCGGUGACACUCGUGAGUCUCCACGGCAUCACCCCCUUGUUUCCUUACCAGCUGGCAUUACCUUAGUGCUGUACAAUUCUGUGCCACAACAAAGAAAAGCUGUCCAAUUUAAAAUCAUAACCAAGCAACCUGUGUCGUUUAAAAGAAAUGGAAAUAAAGGAAGGCCUACAGGUUCUGGUUAGUCCAUUAACGUUUACCUUCAGUUUAAGAUUGUUUAGCUUUAUAUUUCACUUCAGAGUAAUGAAACUGUAAGCUGCCAAAAAAAGUUGUUCUCUGAGCAGUAUUUUCAACUGUGCUUGUAGCUUCUAGGCUUCAACCACAGUUUGCAGGGAAGUAUUCAGGUUGUAGUUAGUUGUGCAGGUAUGAGAGGAAUGGCUGGAAAAAACUGAAAGACUUUCUCCAUAGCAUUAGACCAAACAAUCUUCCAAUGAGACAAUAAAUAACACCCCUACCCCCCGACAUCACCAUGUUACGGUUGUGACCCGUUGUACGUGAGAUGAACCAUGUCAUCAGUUUGCAUUUCUGAAAGCAGCGAUUUCAUGAACCAGUUGCCUUAAGUCUGUGAAUGAAUGUUGAUUAUUAUAAAGUGUCUUGUAUUGUUUUAAAAUCCACAUAGAAUGGACAACUGAACUUCUGAACCAGCUUCUGGAAGAAUGGUUCUGGUGCUGUUCUGUACCACCCUGUGUUUUCUGUAUCAAUUAUUUUUGGCUCUUGAAAUCCAGAGUUUCCAAAAAUAACCCCAGUUCUUUUAAGUUAGUUACAACAUUGAAAUGACACUUGGUGACAAUGCAAAGGUGAAUAGCUUAGCAAUGCUUUUGAUCUCUGCGGGUAUCUUAAGAGUAUUUUCUAUCACUUCUGAAGAAUAUUUUUGUUUUAAGCUCAUCCUCAUUCAAGUAAAAUGCUGCUGCCAUGUUUGGACUUCCCUGGGCAUUCCAAUUUGCCCAAAAAGGACCAAACUGACACAGCUGUUUAUUUUGACACUGUAAUUGUAGUUGAAAUUUCCAAAUGUUAAUGUUUGAGUGAACUUACAUAGGUUAUAUAUUUGGAGUUUCUAGACUUUAACAAAGCAAUAUAGUUCUGUCCAUAAAGUCAGAUAGCGAGUGGAAUGUUUGUACAAUUUGCAAUACGGGUAUUUGAUUAUAUUUUAAAUAAAAGAUUUUAAGAGUUAAAAUGGGGAGGGGAAAUACACUUGUUUCCUGAAUCUCUUGCAUAUUUUGAAGUGCAGUUAAUGCAUGCAGCUCACCAGGGCUGUUAAAAAGCCUGGUUUUCAGUUCUGUUCCUGGAUCCUUGUAGAAGCAUUUGAAAAAAAAUUUUUCCAGUUGGUCAUUCUGUUUAGCUAAAGAAAUGCUGCCUGGACUGAAGUUCUUUUGUCCUUUUUAUGUCGGGUUAAAAAAGGAUUUUUUUUUUUUUGGCCUGUAUUAUAGGUAUUUUUAAAUUAAAACUGUAAGGCAAAAUGCCUGAGAUUCCUGAAAUCCAGCUGAAGUGUUAAUGAUGAAAUUGAUGUUUCUUAACUAGGGCUGUGCGUGGAACACUUGUCAGCUACCUGGGAAUGUGGCAGGUUUGCAGUGGGAGAGAGAUGUACAAUAUUGCCAUGUUCAUUUAAGUGGCUUUGGAAGAAUAAUUUGUCUCUUUUUUGUUUUGCCCUUGGAUCUGUUCUAAACAGCAAAGUUACACGUGAAAGCUCAACACCUGAAGAGAUUUGGUUGUCGGUGUACGCAAUCACUUUAUCACAGCGUGAUUUUUAUUAGACUGGUUGAGAGACAAUAAAGUAUCUGAAUGACACUGGUAUGUGCUGAUGUUGCAGCUUUUGAAGUCUCAGUGUAAAAACAAACAAAGGAAAUGUGUAGCUCUCUACCUUACAAACACGUCAUGCUAUGUUUUACAGGUUCUUUUUAAACCAAUAAAACACAGUACCGCACAGCCCUAUUUGUAAAAGACAAACAAGUUUGUGCCUCUGAUUUCCAAGGUGCUGUGAUGUUUAUGCCUUUGUGGGGCCAGGAGGGAAGGUGAGACUUGCAUGGGGCAAUUGCUUAGAAGUCUCUGGGCUAACUAUGCAAAACCAGCUGUCAGUUUUCUGUUUCACAUUGUAUUGUAAAAAUCCAGCUGACUUUCUUCUUUUUUUUUCCUUUCUUGUUAAAGAUCUCUGGGGAACUUAACAGAGGAGUAAGCAAUGGAAAUGUUUCUUUCUUCUUUUUUUUUUCCUUUUUUAAUUUCUCUGAUAAUGGAGCUGUUUACACUUUAAUGCAAUGAACAAUCCAGUGAUACUUGAGAAACACUACAGAUACCAUAUGAGUUUUCAGGAGAGAGAAGUGUUGUCAAUCAGGUAUUGAAAUGGUUUCUUUACUGUCACAAAAUAAAAAGAUUUUAACAAUAUAGUUACUUGUGCAUGUAAUACUUCUCUGGGGAAAAAAAAAGAGUUCCUGCCCUUCUCCUCAAUUAACAGUCACUGCCCUAAUUUGUCAGGGACUUUAUUCCUGCUAAUGCACAUCCUUGUUAGAUAGUAUAAUGACCCAUCUCUGUGCCACUCUCCGCCCUUCUCCUCUCUUUAAGUCACGCAUGGGACUCCUCACUGACUACCCUGGCACCUGCCUGUGCAAACAGAGCUGAUGAACUACUGAUGAACUCUGCUUAAUAAAUUGGUGGUGUCUCUGGCAGAUGUUCCAGCUAUUUAGACCUCUUGGAUGAGAUCAUACAAUAAUUUGUUUGAGUCUCAAAGCUGUGUGACUUCUUUUGAAGGGCUUACUUCAUCUACUUGAAUAGCUGUUCUUAACAUCACUGCCAUAUCCCAAUGAAUAUCUGAAUGAAACACUUUAUUUUGGUUGGAAAGUCUAUUUUGGGACUUUUAUCUGACACAGUAAGACUUAGGCAGAGCCUUCCUUUCUAGGAAAAGGCACGUAUUAUUAAUGCUUUAUUAGCAGUAAACCUCAGGCCUGCUAGAAUAAACAGCUGGCUCAAGGUAGCACAUCAGUUGCAAUUAGAAAUAUUCUGUAGUUAUUCCUGUGAUCAGUUGGAAUGACCUAGGCUGCCUGUACUGGUGGGGUUUUGAUCUUAUUUUAAGUGGUUUUGGGGUUGUUUUUUGGUUUAGUUUUACCAGUCUCCUUAGCUGCUACUUAUGAUAAAGAUGCCUUUCUUUCACUCAGUAAAAUAAGUAUUUCAAAAUUCAUAAAACAGUUGAAUCGUAGUGGUGAGAAAGAUACUGUUGUUCUAUCCUCACUGAUUGAAACUAAAUGUCUGCAAAACCAAAUACAUGACAGUCUAUACACAUGUAUGCCUUCCAAUAAUUAUUCCCACCCUCCCUCUCCUUUUUAUUGUGUUUCUAACUCAGAAGGAAAGCCAACUGCUCUGAAAUUUCCUGCAAGAUAGGGUAGGGCUCUUCCAGGUGGGCUGCAUCUCCAGGGGAUCCUGCAGUCUCCAACAGUUUUCCUGGUAAGCUCCCAUCAUCAUCCAGACUUCCUCCCAGCACAGCUCUGCUGGCAGGAGACCAGGCAAAGUUCUUGUGGACUUCUCUGUUGGUUCUGUAGGAGCUACUGGAAAAUAAAUGUUCUCUGGGUAGUAAAUUGGCUUGGACAGGUUGGCAAACUCAACCUUACAACCUUCCAGGCGUGUUUCAUUGAAAGCUGUCUCAAAGUGCUGUGCUGAGAAGCAGGCUGUCCUCUCAUUGCCUGAUGGACAUUUCUGAAGCACACUUAACAGCUUGGACUUCAUAGAGAUUGUUUUGACUUGAUAAAGUAGGUCUGCAGUUUGCACACCUUCCCAAACAGCAAUUUGAAAAGGUUAGUUGGGUCAUCAGUGAAAUCAGCAGCAGAGUUUGUGAGGUGGUGGCUGUGUCAGCUGGGGCUGUUAAAGAUCCCCAGACCUCAGCAGACCAUCUACUGCAAUCAUCCCUCUCUCUGCUCUUCUCCCUGCAACUGGCAUCAUUUCAUUUUGCAACCACGUUUUAAUUUGGUGAUGUAGACACCUUUGACUGGGAUGUAAAUUGCAAGAAGAUGCUGCAUAAAGGAAGGAAAAGACUGCUGGACUCCGUUGCCUCAGGCUGGACUCCAGCUAGGACAAGGCUGUUGCUACUUGAAGGCAAACAGAGGAGUCAUCUUUAAGCCAGAAACAUGUCAUCUCCCUCUGAGAAGCACUGUGCUUCUAGAUAAUGGGGGUUGCUGGUUUGUUCAUGCAAAUGCAGUGCUACACCACCUGUAUAUUCCCAGCAUUUCUCUAAAUGUUGCACUCUGAGGAUUGUUGGAGGAGUUACUGGCUUGGCAACAGGUUGUUUUCUUUGUCAGACUUUAAUGAACUUUUGUGAUGAAAACCAAAUUUCUUUACAGUGUGACUUUGUGAUUUUUUUUCCAUGCUUUGAUUCAGUUUGACAAUAAACUGUGUUAUUUUUUUCAUCCUC